AUGUUGGUACAGAUCAUCCACCAGCAUGCCCGCUCAGGAGGGUGUGAACCAGCAGAGCGGUGUGCACAGUUCCUCCAGGCUGCUGUUCAUGGCGGAUCGACGGCCAGACGCAUCUAUGUACCCGCAGUACAGUGUCAAUCAGGUAGCGAUUCUCCCAUUGGCCUCAGAUGCGGUGAGGGUUAUCGGGGCAUGUUUCCAGUGCCGCGAAAAGAAAAGGAAAUGCGACAAGAUAACGCCGAUUUGCAGCCGAUGCUCAAAGUGCCACUGCCGGGAGUGAAGCUGGCGACGUGUCUAGACGACUAA